CCCCCCCGCCCUGCAGGCCCCGCCCCCGCCCGGCGCCGCCGCCAUCUUUGUUCGGGGCGCCGGGCCGGGGCCGGAGAUGCCGAAGUCGUGCGCGGCCCGGCAGUGCUGCAACCGCUACAGCAGCCGCAGGAAGCAGCUCACCUUCCACCGGUUCCCGUUCAGCCGGCCGGAGCUGCUGAAGGAAUGGGUGCUCAACAUCGGCCGGGGCAACUUCGAGCCCAAGCAGCACACAGUCAUCUGCUCGGAGCACUUCCGCCCCGAGUGCUUCAGUGCCUUCGGGAACCGCAAGAACCUCAAGCACAACGCCGUGCCCACCGAGUUCGCCUUCCGCGACGCCAGGCCGGUCCUCCCGGAAGCGCAGGCCAGGGAGCUGGGGCCGCAGAGGAAGGCGGAUCCUGCCCUCGAAGGGCCGCAGCCGCCUCCGGGCGCCGGAGACCCUGCAGGGCAGGUCCUGCCAUGCACCCCGGACGCAGCCGAGGCCCCUGCCCAGCCGGCCGGCCCCCCGCAGCCCUCUGACCACAGCUACGCGCUGCUGGACGUGGGCGCCCUGAAGAAGCAGCUGUUUGUGACCCUGAAGGAGAACGAAAAGCUCCGCAAGCGCCUGCAGGCCCAGCGGCUGGUGAUACGGAGGCUGUGCGGCCGCCUGCGGGCCCGCGGGGCGGGGCGGCCGGGCCCCCGGGCAGGCCCCCGGCAGGAGCAGCGGAGCUGAGCCCGGCUCUCCCCGAGCCCGGGCUGUGAGCGUGAGAACCGUGGUCACCCAGUGCCUGCCCCAGCUGUCCACUCGGCGUGCUCAGAACCAGCAGGCCGAGUGGCAGACACCCGUGGGGAGGGCCUUAGUGCAGGGGUCACUCCCACCACACAGAGGGGGACGGAGGAUUCAGGCAGCAGGCCGGGCCCCAUUGCCUGGCCAGCCAGCUCCGGCUGACGGCGGCCUCUGUGCUGAAGAUGCUUCUGCCCGGCCUGGUUUGAUGGAACUAGGCGACCGAGCGUCUUCCUACACUGCAGGGAAGGGACGCUGGCCCUGGCUGGGGUGUUCAGUGGUUAGAGCACCAUUCCAAUACACCAAGGUUGGGGGUUUAACCUCAGAUCAGGACACAUAGUAGAAGCAACCAGUGAGUGCACAAAUCCAUGGAACAACAAACUCAUGUUUCUCUCAAUU